AUGGAUUCUGCUGCUUUUUCAGAAACGGCGCUUCCAAAAUGUUUUCCAAGUCUCACCCGGAUGAAUGAUGAAGAGUCUUCACAGUUCCGCUUCUUAGAUCCGAGCUCUUCUUCUCCACAGUGCUUGUGCCUAGCGCCCAAUUCUGUUCCCUGCACAGCCGCAGAGGUGUAUGAGAUGCGCGAAAGUGUAUUCUCCUCAAUACCAGCAAAUAUUUGUCCCUCCCAGGACUCAGCUGGGGCAAUUUUCGGCAAAGGAAUGGCUGGAACAGCUGACUCAAAACUGUACUUUGCUGCGGCCAACGCUGGGAAAAUAUUUUGUCCCCUAAGCAAUAGCAAGAGUAUAACGCAGCCAACAGACGCUGCUACAUACACAACUUUUGCAAGCUCUGCCGAGUUGAACGAGUACUGCGCUAAUGGACUUCACGCCCAGCAAGAGCUAGCUGCUAUCACGCCAUAUAACGUCGACAUCAACUGUGAAAAUGUAACAUCCAAGUCGGAUACUUUAACCCCUGAAGAAUGCAAGGCAAAAUGCGUUGAUAUCAGGCAAAGUUGUGAGGAAAAUAUGGUUGACUUCUUAUCGUGCUUCUCUACAGAGCGGCAGACUACAGGUUUUGACAAUGAAUGUGCCACUAACCAUACUUCUGUCCCUGGGAGAGGAAUAAUUUUCUGCAAGCUCAUACCAAGAGAUUGCAAAUACUCAGAAUGGGGGGAGUGGUCAGCCUGUAGCGCCACCUGCCGCAGCAGCAUAGGAGGAUUGGAAGGAAGUGUUAGAAUACGUACACGACGGAUUGUGGAGCCCAGCACAACUGGUGGCCAGCAGUGCCGACUGGGGAGUAUAUCGAAAGAGUUCGACGACUCAGUGACUCUGUCUCUAACGCCAAAGCCAGAGCCAUCCAUUGAAGAGUGGAGAGCUGACAGGCUUAACUCUACCACAACCUCUACACAGGGCCCAGCCGUGAGAGACGACAUAACUUGCGACAUCGUGGACAUGAGUACUUUUAGCUUGGACACGCGUUUUGAUACUCAAGUGAGUAAUGUUUGUCGCUGCAGCUUUUGGUGUCUGGCCAGAGCUAAAAGCUCCAUAGCCGAAAAUUCCGCACAGCGCUUUCAGGGCACCCUUCGCGGACAUCAAGCGUGA